GUCGUGUGCAUACAUUAUACUUCUUUAGAGAGAGAGAGAGAGAGAGAGAGAGAGAGAGAUGGGGAGUACUGAGCAUAGAAAGGGGGAACUCCCUCUGUUCGAGACAAGGAGAGCAGAAGGCUGCAGGAUCCUGUACAGGACAUUUACAGCGUCAGUGUUUGUGGGUAUAGUUGCGGUAUGGGCGUACAGAGCAAGUCACAUGCCAGGGCCAGGAGAAGAUGGGAGACUCGGUUGGAUUGGGCUGUUGUUGGCUGAGCUGUGGUUCGGUCUCUACUGGCUCCUCACCCAAGCCCUGCGAUGGAACCGUCUCCAUCGCUCCACCUUCAAAGACAGGCUCUCACAAAGGUACGAAAAUGAAUUGCCCAAAGUGGAUGUAUUCGUGUGCACUGCCAAUCAUGAGAUAGAGCCGCCGAUGAUGGUGAUCAACACCGUCUUAUCGGUCAUGGCUUACGAUUACCCGCCGGAGAAGCUCGCCGUGUACCUCUCCGACGACGGCGGGUCAAUUUUUACUUUCUAUGCCUUGUUGGAGGCUUCUCGCUUUUCUCAACAUUGGAUACCUUUUUGCAAGAAAUUCAACGUGGAGCCCAGGUCACCGGCGGCUUAUUUCUCCUCCGAUUCUUAUGAUGCUAUUGAGGAUAAAGAAUUGGGCUCAGUCAAGAAAUUAUAUGAAGAAAUGGAGAACCGAAUCACAACUGCAGUAGAACUCGGAAGAAUCCCGGAAAACAUAAGCUCACAACACAAAGGAUUUUCCCAGUGGAAUUCAUCUUCGACCCGACGAGACCAUGACACCAUACUUCAAAUACUAAUUGACGGGAGAGAUCCAGAGGCCAAGGAUAUCGAAGGAUGUGCAUUGCCAACUUUAGUAUACUUAGCCCGGGAGAAGAGACCGCAACAUCACCAUAACUUCAAAGCCGGAUCUAUGAAUGCAUUGAUAAGGGUCUCAUCAGAGAUUAGCAACGGGCAAGUAAUUCUAAACGUGGACUGCGAUAUGUACUCGAACAACUCGGGUUCAGUGCGUGAUGUGCUUUGCUUCUUCAUGGAUGAAGACAAGGGCCACGAGAUCGCCUACGUCCAGUUUCCGCAGAACUUUGAAAACGUUACGAAGAACGACGUAUAUGGCAGUUCAUUUGUAGUGAUAAAUGAGGUUGAAUUCCAAGGUUUGGAUGGUUAUGGAGGCCCUCUGUACAUCGGAACUGGCUGCUUUCACAGGAGAGAUACCCUCUGUGGCAGAGAGUUCAGCAAGGGAAAUCGGAUUCAAUGGAAGAAAGAGAAUGUCAAAGAUAUCAAAGAAAGUGCAGAUGAAUUGGAAGCAAGAGUAACGAGUCUUGCUAGCUGUGCCUAUGAACAUAACACUCAAUGGGGCAAGACGAUUGGCUUGAGAUACGGUUGUCCAGUCGAAGAUGUGAUAACGGGGUUAUCAAUCCUAUUCGCGGGAUGGAAAUCGGUAUACUACAACCCAACAAGAAAGGCCUUCUUAGGCGUUGCUCCAACGUCGCUCGAUCAGAUGCUUCUGCAGCACAAGAGAUGGUCCGAAGGUGAUUUCCAAAUCUUCCUGUCCAGGUUCAGUCCUGCGUGGUAUGGUCUAGGAAGGAUCAGCCCCGGCCUUCAAAUGGCAUACUGCACCUACUUUCUUUGGGCUCCAAACUGCCUGGCAACAACGCUUUACUCCGUCGUCCCUUCCCUUUACCUCCUCAGAGCUAUCUCCUUGUUUCCUCAGGUCUCAAGCCCGUGGUUUCUGCCAUUUGCUUACGUGAUAACAGCGAAGUACGGUUACAGCCUAGCCGAGUUUCUAUGGUCCGGCGGUACAGUCUUGGGUUGGUGGAACGAGCAACGGGUUUGGCUCUACAAGAGAACAACCUCCUACCUCUUCGCCUUCGUCGAUACCAUCUUGGGAUUACUUGGGUUUUCGGAGACAUCUUUCGUAGUCACGAACAAAGUGUCUAGUCCGGAUGUGUCCCUGAGAUACGAGAAAGAGUUGAUGGAAUUCGGGACCUCUUUUCCCAUGUUCACCGUCCUGGCAACGCUCGCGAUGAUCAAUCUGGUUUCCCUCGUUUGGGUGGCGAAGAGGGCGGUUACGGACGCUGGAGUCCGAUUGUUUGAAACUGUGGCUUUGCAGAUGGUUCUGUGUGGUGUUUUGGUUGCGAUCAAUGUGCCUUUGUACUCGGCUCUUUUCUUCAGGCAGGAUAAUGGGAAGAUCCCAAGCUCUAUCGCAGCUAAAUCAGUCUUGUUAGCUGUGUUUGCUUGUACUUGCUCUAUUUUGUUUUGGAGCCUGCAAUCUGUGGUUGGGAUAAGAUUUGUGAUAGACAGGGAGGAAUGCUUCUCCCACAAGGUCGAAUACGAGGGGGACACCAUUCAUUUCUCGUUCGUCGUUAUUAAGUCCGAGGGAUCGUGGCAUUAUGCUCCAGAUGGUGUUGAUCUUGUGGUGAAGGGACCUUCUGGUGAUCAGAUUCAUGAUUUCCGUGACAAGACGAGUGAGAAGUCUGAGUUCAUGGCUCGUCAAAAAGGAGUACACCAUUUCUGCUUCACUAACAAGUCCCCUUAUCACGAAACCAUUGAUUUUGAUGUACACGAAGCUCACUUCUCAUACUAUGAUCAGCAUGCGAAAGAUGAACAUAUCAACCCUUUGUUAGAACAGAUAUCGAAGUUAGAGGAGGCUCUCUACAACAUCCAGUUUGAACAGCAUUGGCUGGAAGCUCAGACGGAAAGCCAGGCGAUAGUGAAUGAAGGAAUGAGCAAGAGGGUACUGCACAAAGCUUUGUGGGAAUCAGCUGCUCUGAUCGGGGCUAGCGUUCUCCAAGUUUACCUUCUACGGCGCCUGUUUGAGCGGAAGCUGGGGACAUCCAGAGUGUAGGUUAGGCAGCAUCUGGGAUAAUUUAUAUUUCGAACUUUUCGAGGCUUGACUUUUGGACUAUGUUGUUCCUUCUUUAGAGGAAGAUGUAUAGACACCAUUACCAGUUUAAAGUGGAUACUUUUUUUGACUGUCGGAUGUUUACAUUGAGCGGAUGUUUUGUUGAUCUAAUGCCAAUUCGGGUGAGGAAUAAAUAAAAGGAGACUUCUUUUCUGUGUGAUA